AUGGCGCUUCUGACUAUCGGUAUUUUGGCGUCCCUGGCCACGUGUCUGGUUUUCCAUCUUCUGGCCUCGACCCUGGCUGGAAGGAGAGCACCGAAGGGACUCCGAGAUGUCCCUGUCGCCGGCAACCAAGCAGCUCUUAUGGGCGCCUAUCCACACCGGCAGUUACAGAAUUGGAGUCGGGAACACGGCGAGUUGUUCAAGGUGCGCUUGGGUGGCGAGGAAUGGAUAUUCGUGAACAGUCCAGCGGCCGUGAAAGAGAUCUUCGACAGGCAAUCACAAUACUCGUCCUCACGAGCUCCUAGUCCAGUUGUGUCGGAUAUUCUGUCCGGUGGUAUGAGAUUGCUACUGAUGCCGUACUCGCCUCACUGGAGAAAGCUACGUGCAAUCGUGCACAAGCUCCUGACCCCAAAGUCGUCAAACACCUUCUUGCCCUCCCAAGAAUUUGAAGCGAAAAGACUGUUGUGGGAUAUUUUAACCAAUAACGAAAACCAGGAGAACUUCUACAUGCACAUCCGGAGAUAUACUAUAUCGGUGGUAAUGACCUCGACCUACGGACGAAGGGUCCCUGUAUGGGAUUGCGAAGAUGUUCGUGAGGUCUACGGCCUAAUGCAGGAGUUCAGCGAGACUGCAAACCCGGGAAAGCACAUCGCCGAAAUGUUUCCAGUCUUGGCCAAUCUUCCUACUUUCAUGCAGUGGUGGAGGAAAGCUACACUUCAGUCCUUUCAUCGCCAAGCGGCCAUUUGGAUGAAAUACUGGACGAAACUGAAGGAGCAGAUGGAUUCCAAUCAAGCCCCUGAAUGUUUUGUGAAACAGUUCAUCGAGAGCGACUAUGAGAAGAAUGGCAUCAGCGAGCUGCAAGCUGCCUUUGUGGCGGGUACAAUGAUCGAGGCUGGAUCCGAAACAACAUCCUCCGCACUAAAUUCCUGCGUGAGGUAUCUUGCGGCCUACCCAGAAGCCCAGGCUAAGGCAUAUGAGGAGCUUCACCGCGUGAUCGGCGGAAACCGCAUGCCUAAUUUUGAGGAUGAGAAAGACCUGCCAUAUAUAAGGGCUUGUGUGAAAGAAGUUCUUCGAAUCAGACCUGUCACCAAGGAUGCGAUUAUUAUUAGUAUUGGAAGCCCCCACUACACCACAGCCGAUAUUGUCUACAAUGGCUAUUUCAUCCCGGCAAACACAGUCGUCUCUGUCAAUCAAUAUGCACUUCAUUUUGACCCGGCCCGCUACGAUAGACCCGAUGAUUUCAUACCAGACCGCUACCUCAACCAUCCCCUCAAAGCGGGUGCGUACGCAGCGCUUUCCGAUCCUUAUGAACGAGACCAUUUCGACUUUGGCGCUGGUAGGCGAAUCUGCCCGGGUAUGCAUCUGGCCGAGAACAGCCUUUUCAUAACAAUUGCAUCCCUUAACUGGGCAUUUGAGAUUCUACCGCCAAUUUUGGAUGGCAAAGUUGAUACGGUUGAUGUUUCUGAUGCAGCCUAUGAAGAGGGGGUGAACACUCUCCCAAAACCUGGGAAACUGCGCUUUGUGCCUCGCAGUAAAACAGUAGAGGAGACUAUUAGGGUCCAAUGGCAGGAAGCGGAAAAGGAUGGCUACAUGCUUGGAUCGAUUAAAGUGAAUAGUGAGGGAAUGGUUGCUGGUAUCUAA